CUUCUCUUUCCCACUGCUAUCUCUGUGGUCUUCGAUUUUUUUUGUUUCACUGCUUGGGUCUUCUUGUCUGUAGGUUAGAGAUAUCAGAUAUCCCCCUCUCUACAAAGAUCCAAAGCAGGGAGCUUUCUAGUCAAUGCUGCUUGAGAUCUGAGUCUGACCUUUUCCCUUCAAUUUCUCUCUGAAAUCCUCCAAAAAUUUACCCAUCAGGUUUGGUUCUCUCUCACCUCAGAACCAUAGUUUCUUUCUAACUGUAAGAAGAUGGGAACUAGUUUAAACGACACAUUAUCUAAGAAGUACAGUGGUUUGGAACUCUGGGAGAUCAUAGCUAUCGUUCUCUCCGCCAUUUUCUUCCUAGUUUUAGCUAUAUCCCUAUAUCUUACUUUCAGAAAGAAAACAUCUAAACCUUCUUCUAACCAAACCCCUAUUAGCCACCAGACUCCUCCUAACGUCCCUGAAGAGAUAAAAGAGAUCAGAGUCGACGACGUUUCCUCAAGCAACGGCUACCCCACCAUCAGCGAGAAGUUUUCUCACAAAGAACCUGAAAAAGAGACACUAGCAGUAGCAGCAGAGUCAGAGAACGGUGGUAACAGUAGCCGCUCAGGCUCCUUUAACCACUCGGAGAAGAAAGAUGGCUCCAGCGUCUCUUCUGCUAAUCCUUUAACAGCUCCAUCACCUUUGUCUGGUCUUCCAGAGUUCUCUCACCUCGGAUGGGGGCACUGGUUCACUCUCAGAGAUCUCCAGACGGCUACAAACCACUUCUCGAGGGAUGGUAUCAUCGGUGAUGGCGGGUAUGGAGUUGUUUACCGUGGUAGCCUUGUUAAUGGAACUCCUGUCGCGGUUAAAAAGCUGCUCAACAAUCUAGGGCAAGCUGAUAAAGACUUUAGAGUAGAGGUUGAGGCUAUAGGUCACGUUCGACACAAGAACUUGGUACGUCUUCUUGGUUAUUGCAUGGAGGGGACGCAGAGGAUGCUAGUGUAUGAGUAUGUUAAUAAUGGGAAUCUGGAGCAGUGGCUACGUGGAGAUAAUCAGAAUCAUGAGUAUUUAACUUGGGAGGCACGGUUGAAGAUUCUUAUAGGAACAGCCAAAGCGCUUGCGUAUCUUCACGAGGCGAUAGAGCCAAAGGUGGUGCAUAGAGACAUAAAGUCUAGCAACAUUCUGAUUGAUGACAAGUUUAAUUCUAAAAUAUCUGACUUUGGACUUGCUAAGCUGCUUGGCGGUGAUAAAAGUUUCAUAACUACUAGAGUAAUGGGUACCUUUGGUUAUGUAGCUCCAGAGUAUGCGAACUCCGGUCUUUUGAAUGAGAAGAGUGAUGUCUACAGCUACGGAGUUGUACUCUUGGAAGCUAUAACUGGUAGAUAUCCUGUAGACUACGCUCGGCCUCCCCCUGAGGUACAUUUGGUGGAAUGGAUGAAGAUGAUGGUUCAACAAAGACGUUCAGAAGAAGUGAUUGACCCUAACCUCAAUACAAAACCAUCUACAAGUGUCUUAAAAAGAACACUCUUGACUGCUUUGAGAUGUGUUGAUCCGUUGUACGAGAAACGACCUAGGAUGAGCCAAGUUGCACGUAUGCUGGAAUCUGAAGAAUACCCAAUUCCUAGAGAGGAUAGAAGAAGAGGAAGGAGUGAGAAGGGGACAGCAAGAGAUUCAGAUCCUCCUAGGAACAGUACAGACACUGACAGGACUCAAGAGUGAAUACCAUGACAAAAAGCCUGAAGCUGGAUAGUCCUGUUUCUUCCCUAGAUCUUCUCUGUUAUGUGAUAUUUCUUCUGCUCCAGGAGAGUGUGUCUGUGACUCUGUGUGUUCAUUGUCUGGUUUCACAUAAUACAUCAUUUGCUUGUGUACAGUGUUUUGUUUGUUGUAUUUAUAGUUUGCUUCUCUACGUUUUGCAAUGUAGGUUGCUUUUGAACCAAUAAAACGGUAGGCUAUGUUAUUUAAGUCUUUGAUAAAAACGAAGUGUAGUUUUCUGUUUGCU